AUGCUCCUGCCACGUAAUCGGCUUAGACCCCUCAUACCUAUUCACGUACCCCCUCUGCAGCUGCUCGACGAAGCGCACCAGGGCUCUGGGGAAAGCGUCGAGCACGGGUACGCGGGAUUGGCGAAGUUUGUGGAGUGGAGUGCUUGGACGGAUGUCUUGAGUUCCGCAGAGCAUUCCGGGGACCUGAGUCUUGAGGAGGCCUUUGAGGCCGGUGUUCAAAUCGUCGUCGAUUAUCGUUUUCAUUUGGGAAUUUUGGUGUCAACCAACGAUAUCAAGGCAGUCAGGUGGGAUUUGUGUCCUUCGGCAAAAGCUUCUGGACUUCAUCAGUCACUUUUUGAAGGCGUAUUCGGUGGUUUCGAGAAGCGUUUUGUUGAGUUGUUGUACGGUGAGCUUGAUAUCCUCUUGCCUUAA